AUGGCCGACUACGGAGAGCUGCAGCCCUUGGUUGCGAACGGCAACGACAAGAUGAUGGAGCUGGACCUUGGCGGGGUGACGAGAAUGCAGGGUACCUCCGUGGACGUUCCGACCAAAUACGGUCCAAUCUCGGUGACGGUGAUGGGGGACCGCAAGGCCAGCCCGUGCAUCACGUUCCACGACGUCGGCCUGAACCAUCAGGCCUGUUUCCAGGGCCUUCUGGUGUGCAGCGCCUCGCGGCCGCUGCUCGUCAAGAAUUUCUGCUUCUACCACAUCGAUGCUCCUGGAUGCGAGGAUGGCGCUGUUAAAGUUCACUCCAAUGCCCUGCCCUUGACUGUCCACAAAAUUGUGGAUAUGGUCGCUGCUGUCGUUGACCAUUUCCAGCUCAAUGAGAUUUUGGGCUUGGGUGUUGGCGCGGGGGCCUACAUCUUGACGAAGUAUGCUGCACAAUAUCCGAAGAAAAUGUCCGGUCUGAUCUUGGUCUCACCCCCCUGUUUGGUGCCUGGCUGGUGGGAGUGGGCUGUUGGCAGCUAUGCCGUGUGCCAGCUCAGCUUGCUGGGCAUGGUGGACUCUGUGAAGGAGCAUCUCCUUGCAAAACUUAUUCAUUCGAAAGGACAGGAAGGGAACUUGGCACUGUCCUUGAAGCAUGAAAUGGCCUCCAUCUGUUCUCAUGGCGUCUUGCAGUAUCUGUCGGCGAUCCUCAGGCGCCCGGAUCUGUCUGAAGACAUUCAGAAGUUGAAGUGUCGAACGUUGGUUCUGUGUGGAGAGGAGUCCGUCUACAGGAGCGAUUGUCUCCACAUCAACACCAUCAUCGACCACACGCAUGCAGCCUGGGUGGAGGUGCCAGAGUGUGGGUGCCUGGCAACAGAGGAGAAACCCAAUGAGCUCCUUUCGCCGAUAACCCUGUUUCUGACAGCCCUCCAGCAGACGGGUUAUGGCUUCGGUUGGGAUCUCAGCUGA